CAGAGCCAAGUUACAUUUGGGACGGAGGGAUUUCUAAGCGGUAAGAGAAGAAAGUCGAGAACUUGAAAAAAAUGGCAUCGGCAAAAAGUUCGAAUGUUUCCGUCGAACCUUUCGAUGGACGUGGCGAUUUUACUCUGUGGCAACAACGAGUUAAAAGUGUUCUUACUCGGGAAGGGACAAUCAAAGCUCUGAAGGUGAAGGUUCAGAGGACAGAAAAAAUGACGGAUGCUGAGUGGGCCAAACCUCGGAAGAACGACAAACCGGAAAAAUUGUCGGAAGAAGAGUGGGAGGAUUUGAAGGACAUGGAAACAAGUACAAUAUGCCUAUGCCUUGCAAAUAAUACUCUUCGGGAGGUUCUUGGUUUGACGGACCCGGUGGAUAUUUGGGACAAGCUGGAGAGCCGGUACAAGUCGAAAUCGUUGACAAGUAGGCUAUACUUGAAGAAACGAUUGUUUGGUCUCCAAAUGGUGGAGGAAGCUAACUUUAAUGGACACUUGGAUGAAUUCAACAAGAUUACAACAGAGUUGGAAUCCAUUGAUGUGAAGAUUGAAGAGGAGGACAAGGCGCUGCUUUUGUUGGCUUCAUUGCCUUCAUCUUUUGACAACAUCGUGACCACGCUUUUGUUUGGAAAAGAAACCUUAAAAUUUGAUGAAGGGAUGGAUUUUGUGGUUUCGGAAGCUAGAGAAUAUGGGGUUCGCUUGAUAUUGAGCUUUGUGAACAACUGGAAUGACUUUGGAGGCAAAGCACAAUAUGUACAAUGGGCUAGGGAUGCUGGAGCACCGGUUUAUAGUGAUGAUGAUUUCUUCACUCAUCCAGUCCCCAUUGAAUAUUACAAGAACCAUAUCCAGAAAAUUAUAACAAGAAUAAACACGGUCACGGGAAUAGCUUACAAGGAUGAUUCAACCAUCAUGGCAUGGGAACUCAUGAAUGAACCUCGUUGCCAGGAAGACUAUUCUGGAAAGACUCUAAACGGUUGGGUUCAAGAAAUAGCGAGUCAUCUCUCUCUGUGGCUGAUGUUCCUCUUCCCCAUCGCCGCCGGCACCCUCAAGAAUUCACCAAAAAUGGUGGGUCGCGAUCCUACCAUGCCCUCCUUCAAGCUUUUAAGCGAUAGCGAAGAUGAAAGGGCAUCUCCCCAGCCACCUCCUAAAUCUAAAAAAUCACUGAUACCUCCUUACGACUUUGGUGAUAGCGCAUCUGGCACGGAUGAUACAGAUCCGACGUGGUGGUAUCGGAAAAUAUAUUUGGGGGGUGACAUUUUUCCGUCUGAGGAUGAAGGAGGCAGUGUCGAAUCUGAUGGGGAAGAUGGGGAAUCAGUAACUUCUGCCCAGAUCUUGGAGAUGUCUGAUACAGAAAUAAUUUUAUCUGAGCCCUAUGGGGAUGAGGCUAAAGCACUGCGUUACAGACAGAGGUUGGGGGGUAAAUUGGGGAAGUCAAAGCAAAAAAUUGGUCCCCUUAUUUUGCUAAAAAGUCAAAAUGGGGUUUCUGGAGAAACAGACGAGGCCCAAAUGGAAUUCAUGGACCAAUGGAUGACGAGUCAUUUGGAAGACGCAAAGACCAUACUGAAGAAGCCAUUGGUGCUAGCCGAGUUUGGAAAAUCAAGUCGAGACAGCGGCUUCAGCAUCAAAGUGCGAGACUCUAUAUAUCCUCAGUAAGAUUUACUACUAUAAAGAGACGAACGAUCUAUAUAGCAAAGGGUGGGGGAACCAUGGCAUCGGAUAUGGAUUAUUCAUGGGACGAUGGCUAUUCCAUCAUCUUGCCCCAAAAUCCUUCAACCGCCGGCAUAUAUAAUUUCUAGCCAAUCCCAAGCUAUGAAGGAUUUAGCCCUUGAUUUGGGUGAUGGUGAUUGUUAUUCAAUAUGGGAAUCAUCAUCUUAUUACGUAGAAAAAUUGGUUGGAUUUAAUUAUUCUGGAAAAUUCAGGUCAAAUAUUCUUAAACUGUAUGACCUAAUAAAACUUACAUAAAUAA